CAGCGGUUGGAAUGGUACCUAUAGAACGCUUGAUCGGAAUUUCUCGAAUUGUAUGUGAAUAAUCAUUUAUCUAGUCUCUUUAAACAGUGUAAUCAUGGACGUAGAAGAGUGUUUGAAAGAAUGGGAAGACCUAGUAACGGAUUACAAACGUUUAGAGGCGAUCAACAAAGAUUAUGCAGCAAAAUUAGAGGAAGUAGGUGAACUGCAGGCAUCAUGCAUGAAGGAACUGAGCCACCAGAGAUAUCGCAUGUCGGUUAUCACAGGAGCGCUCAAAAGGCUAGAAAAGAAAGGUGUAACAAAGGAUGAGCGCGUGGCAACACUCGAGAAGGAAGUGAUGAAGAGGAAAGCCAUGCUGCAUGAGAUAGAGGCCACGCUGCCCAAACAGAACAGCUUGUAUCUCCGGAUCAUACUAGGCAACGUCAAUGUGUCUAUUCUUAACAAAAAUGACAAGUUCAAGUACAAAGAUGAAUACGAAAAGUUUAAACUCAUCCUCAGUGUCAUCGCAUUCGUAUUGGCAGUUAUAAAUCUUUAUAUCGACUUCAGGCCACUCCAACUGAUCCUAAUAUUCCUCCUCGUCUGGUACUACUGCACGCUGACCAUCCGCGAGAGCAUACUCAAGGUCAACGGCUCAAGAAUCAAGGGCUGGUGGCGGCUACACCACUUCAUCUCCACAGUGGUAGCAGGCAUCCUUCUUAUAUGGCCGCAGAACUUGCCUUGGAGCGAGUUCCGGCCUACCUUCAUGUGGUUCAUCGCCUAUAUCAGCGUAGUCCAAUACAUGCAGUUCCGCUACCAAAGCGGCGUGCUAUACCGGCUGAAGGCACUCGGCGCGCGGCACAACAUGGACAUCACCAUCGAGGGCUUCCACUCGUGGAUGUGGCGCGGGCUCUCCUACCUGCUGCCCUUCCUGUUCGGCGGCUACGUGUUCCAGCUCUACAUCGCGUACACGCUCUACCAGCUGAGUUACCAUCCUGAGGCCAGUUGGCAGGUGCCUUACCUCGCGGCCAUGUUUCUAGUGUUGCAUGCUGGCAACAUGUACACGAUUCUGCGCAUUAUGCGGAAGAAAACUCAGAGCGGCUUGAAACUGCGGUACAAACUUCGCGCGAUCGCGUACCGCCUGUCUAAUGAGCUUACCAUAUUGGAACAAAAGUGGCGACCGAAUAAAACGGAACAAAAGACAGAUUGAGACCUUGAGAUUAUUUACAGGAGCCAUACUAAGUAUAUCUUUUGUAUUAGGAACAAUGAAUACCAUUUAUAUUUUCAUAUUAUCCUGGUGAUUGAUAUUAUAUAAAGAUGAUGUUAUAAUUAUAUAUAAUAAUAUCUUUAUGAUGUAAAUACAAUUAUAUUCAAUA